AUGAAUCCUGUAAAAAUGACAGUAGUAUUAGCCCACAAGCACCAUCUCUUUUUGAUUGGCUUCUUUGGCUUGUAUGUGGAUUGUUUUGUAUGGGGCCAAAAAAACAACACUCUAAUUUUCACUAAGGAAAACACCAUUCGUAAUUGCACAUGUCCUGAUGAUAUUGGCAACAGUGACUGUGAUUACAGUUUGGCCAACCUGAUAUGUAAUUGUAAGACUGUCUUGCCUUAUACAAUAGACAAAACUUACUACAACAAUCUGACAAUUUGGUUCACAGACACAGCUAUGCUGGGAAUGCUGUUAAACUUUACAGCUGUGUAUGACUUGAAGCUCUCACUCUGUGGCUCUAUUCCUCUGUCAACUGAGUACCUGACUAUCUGGGGACUGCGACAACUACAGAUCAAAAUGGAGCUCAAUGGUCAGUUACAAGAGCACAGUUUAACCAUCUUCAGUAGCUAUGACAAUGAAGUGCAAGAUAAAUUGGAGGUGCAGUACAAAGGAAGGCAAAUUAUUACUUAUAUUUCUGUUCUUUAUACAUCUCUGUUCAACAGUUACACCCCCCUGAAAUCAUAUAGUGUGGAAAAUAUUUCCAACAUAACGGACCACUUUCCAAGUCUGCCAUAUUCCGAUAACUUCCUCACUACUAAUAACAAAAGUUAUGUUAUAACAUUCAUUUACUGA